AUGAAGCUCCAAACUGCGACCAUCAUUCUUAGUUUCUGCGGGUCUGUCCUGGCCGCCCCUGUCCGCAACGCGCACGGAGAAAGAGGCAUCGAAGCGCCUACACCGAGCUAUAGUGCCAAACCCUGGACAUCCAGCUGGCCUUCUCAUGCCCGCCCAAGUGGUUCCGCCUCCCCUCAUGCAAAGCCCGAACAUGCCCAGACUUCCGCCGCUGUCCACGGAAUCAACCAGGCGAUGGCAGCUAGUCCGAGCAAACAAUUCAGUGGGCCCCCGGCUACUCAGCCUCAGCAAACCAAUGUGCCUUCGGCGGAUUUGCGGGUGCUCAGGGCUCUACGGCCUACCCUCCUGCCGGUCAAGUUCAAGCUCCUGGCACUGGACAUGCUGGUGCCUCCACUGGACCUCAGGGCUCCACGGCCUCCCCGUCUAUUGGUCAAGCUGCUGGCUCUCAGGGACUUCCCCAAGCUGGUCAGUCAUUUGGCACUGGAAGUGCAGGACCUGCACCUGGUACGGGAUUUGCCGCAGGUGGACAAUCGCAGGGCAGCCAAUUCCCUGGUUCUGGAUCUUCCGCGGGUCCCUCUACUGGGACUGGAUUUUCUGGCAGCCAAGGACCUUCUACUGGAUCCAGUUUCCCGGGCUCUGGGUUUGCCGCUGGUCCCUCCACCGGUGCUAGCUAUCCUGCCUAUGGAUCUUCUACUGGCCCUUCUACUGGAACUGGACUUUCUGGAAACAAAGGACCCUCGACUGGAGCUGGUCUUUCUGGCAGCCAGGGACCCUCGACUGGAGCCGUCCUUUCUGGAAGCAAAGGACCUUCGACCGGAGCUGGGCUUUCUGGCAGCCAAGGACCCUCGACCGGAGCUGGGCUUUCUGGCAGCCAGGGAGGACUCUCGGGAAGCAAAGGACCUUCGACUGGAGCUGGUCUUUCUGGCAGCCAGGGACCCUCGACUGGAGCCGUCCUUUCUGGAAGCAAAGGACCUUCGACUGGAGCUGGGCUUUCUGGCAGCCAGGGACCGUCGACUGGAGCCGGACUUUCUGGAAGCAAAGGACCCUCGACCGGAGCUGGUCUUUCUGGCAGCCAGGGACCCUCGACUGGAGCCGUCCUUUCUGGAAGCAAAGGACCUUCGACCGGAGCUGGGCUUUCUGGCAGCCAAGGACCCUCGACCGGAGCUGGGCUUUCUGGCAGCCAGGGAGGACUCUCGGGAAGCAAAGGACCUUCGACUGGAGCUGGGCUUUCUGGCAGCCAAGGACCCUCGACCGGAGCUGGGCUUUCUGGCAGCCAAGGACCCUCGACCGGAGCUGGGCUUUCUGGAGGCCAAGGACCCGCGACUGGAAAUGCAUUCUCUAAGAGCAAGGUCCCCUCUACUGGAGGCAGCUACCCCGGCUCCGGAUCUACCCACGGUCCCUUUACGCACUCUCCGAUGCACGGAUUCUAAGGAAACGACAUACCUGGUCCAAAUAUCUCUGUAA